ACACACCAUCCAAGAAAAACACAAGAUGGAUCCCUACGUGUCGUCGUCGUCCGACAAGCCAAAGAAGAAAAAGAAGAAGAGCAAGGAUCCCUACGGACCCCCUCCUGUCACCGAGGACCCCUACGGACCCCCUCCCACCGGCACGGCGGGCACGGAAUCCGGCGGGAGGUCCUUUGCGAGCACCACGGCCAAUUUCGGCAAGCAGAAAACCUCCCGCGGAAAAAAGUCCAAAAAGGCCAAGCAAAAGCCCAAGCCCGCGUCCUCGUAUUCCUACGAGGCCGUAGACACCGGGCCCAACCCCGUCCUCGAGGCCUCGGGCUGGAAAGAGCUCCAGGACGAGCACAAGGCCGGCGGGGUCCUCUCGGGAACCAUCGACGGGUCCGGGGGCGUCUUCGAGUACGCCAUCACCGGCGACGAGUCCCAGAUCGUCACCGUCGCCGUUCCCCCCGGCGAGUCCUGCCAGGGCGAGCCGGGAAGCAUGAUGUACCUGACGAGCCCCGUCAGCAUGAAGGUCAGCUGCGGGGCCGACUGGUUCGGCCGCUGCUGCGGCGGGGAGUCCUGCUGCGUCGUCAACUUCAACAACCACACGGGCGAGGUCGGAUACGCGGCCCUGACGACCAACCAGCCGCUGGCCAAGGUGGUCCCGGUCUCUUUGUCCUCGAGCGAGGUGGGCGGGACCCUCAUCGUCCAGCAGGGUGCCUACAUGGCGAGCUACGGGCACGUCGAGCUCUCCUACGACUGCGACUGCAACCUCGUGCGGUGCUGCUGCGGCGGAAUGGUGGGUACUCGCGGUGGCGGCGUGGCGUGGCGUUUGUCGAAUUCGUUCGUUUGUGUUGUUUGCCUUUUUUGUUUCCCUUUUUGUCUUUCUUUGCGUCCUUCUCACUCUUAUCUCCGUUGCUCCAUUCCCUUUCCACAUCGCAUCGCAUCGCUGCCAUGCCAUGCCAUGCCAUGCCAUGCCAUGCCAUCCCCAGGGCCUCGUCCGCCAAAAAAUCACGGGCAGUGGAACGGCCUUUCUGGGCGCCACCGGAACCAUCGUCGAGAAGGUCCUGGCGGAGGGCGAGGUCAUGCUCAUGGACACGAACUGCAUCCUGGCAUAUGCCGAGUCCUGCACCUUUGACCUCAAGAAGACGGGCGGCAUCGUCAACUGGAUCGGCGGGGGCGAGGGAUUUUUCAACUCGAGCCUCAAGGGGCCCGGCCUGGUGGUCGCCCAGUCCAUGAACAUGUGCUUGCUCCUCGAGUCUCUGGCGGCGGAGAAAAUGUAUCGGCGGUAGGCGGACGGGACGAAAACAACCAAUGCAU